ACCAGGACUAAACCAGGACUAAACCAGGUCUAAACCAGGACUAAACCAGGACUAAACCAGGUCUAAACCAAGUCUAAACCAGGACUAAACCAGGACUAAACCAGGACUAAACCAGGUCUAAACCAGGACUAAACCAGGUCUAAACCAGGACUAAACAAACCGAAUGUAGGUUGCUGUGUGUAGCGUGACCAAACAGAGGUCUGUACAUGUGUCUCUCUGCACUCAGAAGGAGCGAGACACAAACAGAAACAUUCGGUCAGUCUGCAACGCAAAUGUGUAUUUAACGAUGAUUUGUACAAGAAAUGCCACGCUUUCCGUUGUGUUUGGGACAAGUGUGAGUCCAUGUGCACAGUGUGUAAAGCAGCACAUAUGUUUCAUGUCCAGUGGGAAAAAGUUUUACCAGGUGAGAGUCGCUCAAUGUGAAUGACGAGUCCCCACCUCCCACCCCCUGUACGGUGUCCUGGUUUUGACAAACGCAAAUCUGGUCACACUAACCUGUAUUCACCUGAAUCAUGUCUUUUAAUCCGACAGAAAUUGACGGCAUCAGCGACACAAGAGCUGGAGUUUUAUCUUCGCUUAGUUUAUGCAAAUUAGCGAUGCAGUUUUAAAUUUUGUUUUUGUGAGAGUUGCGCAAAACUGAAUUAAACACAUAAUAAUGUGAAAUGGAUUGAUGUGGCUCUAGAGUGGUUACGGUUUAUUUGUCGUAAAGUUGAAUUUAUUUAUGCAGAUAAGUAGUGCAGAUAGUAAAUAAUAAUGAUGAUCAUUUUAAUAUAAAAACGUUGAUGAUUAAUCGAUAAUCGAUUGUUAAUUCUUCCGACGAUCGAUUAAGAAACUUUCAUCGAAUGCCCAUCCCUAGUUAUAAGGCAACUGGUCUCAAAUUGAGGCCCAUUUGCGUAUGAGACUUUGGAUGGCGGCUAUCUUGAAUUUGGCAUGAAAUUGAGUUUUUUUUCUCCUUUAAAAACAAAUCCACUGCUCCUGAAUGGGUGCCAUAGUGGUAUUGAAGGUGAUAUUGAAGGAUUAGGUAUUGGGAUUAACUCAAGGACAAUAUUAGACACAUAGACUGUAUAAAAGAAGUGGACUAAGUGAGUGUGACGUCACCCACAGCGUUCAGCGCCGCUCAAAUGAAACUCGCAAUGCUCACGGUUACAGGAGCAAACCUGAAGCCAGGCUCUGUGUUAUGAAUAGGAUUUUUUUGAUGGACAAAAAAGUGAGAAAAAAAAAAGCAUCAGGAUCAUGGUAGAGCGGGUUAAUAUGAACAUUUUAAGACCAAAAAAAUGAGGCUCACAGCAGCAGUUACAGAGAGAGGGACGACAAGAUCCAAAUGCAAAGUCAAUUGGAGCCAGAGUCAGAAGGAGCCGGAAGAGCCUCCUGGCGAACUUCCUGUGUCAUGUUACACAUACUUGUUUUGAUAUGGAGAGACCAUACCUGUGCCUGAUUGGUUAAUCCACCUGUCAAUCACACCCAUGUGACUUCAAACUGCAUGUCAGAGAGUUUUAUCGCUAUGGACAACCAUUGCUGGGAGGCAGAAGAGAGAUUCCAAAAGUUAUGUAAAAUAUAUCACUCAUUUUAAAAGAUCUUUGGCAUUUUUUGCCCUACCAACAUGGAAACUGGCAUUGCACACGCCAUUAGGAUGAACCCUCCGAAUUUGAGAUUGGUCGGCUGAGCAGCUCGAGAGUUAUGAGUAGAACACACAAACAAACAGAGACACAGACGUUCCUUGAAUGAAUAGAUAGACUAGUACUUAAAAUAUAACACUCAUUUUAUCAGAUCUUUGGCAUUUUUUGCCCUAACAACAGGAAAAUUGGCACUGCACACAUAUGUAACAUUAGGAUGACAUCCUCUGUUGGAUGAGCAGUUUGAGAGUUAUGCGUGGAACAGACAAACAGAGACACAGACAGUUCUUUGAAAUAUUAGAUAGAUGAGUGAAUAAUGGUGAUUCUACAUUAUUCGAUGACUAAAUUGACCUGUGGAUAUGUGCUCUCUUUAGUUGGAGCCCUGUUUUAGCAGAAAACAACUGUCCAAAUGUACUACCUACGGAUAUUCACAUAAAUGAGUUGAAAUUUGACUAAGGUAUAAAGUAUAAAAUGUAAUGACGGUGUAUAAACAGCAUCAAACUCGCCGUCUGUAAUUCAAGGAAAUAUGUUGUAAACCUGGGGAAGUUAGGAUUAGGGUUUGGCUUUAUUGGAUCUAUACAACUGUAAACAGAAAAACAUGAGGUCGAUCACUGUCGAUUUAGGCUGCUGGGAGCUCAUUUUGACGGGGCUGCCCAUUUCGACAGAACACCGGCCUUAAGUUAAAAUUUUGUUUUGACUCCUUGGUGAGCUAAGGAGUCAAAACAAAAUAGGCAGGUGCAAUAACAUGAUAUGAGCCGUGGAGCCGUGUAUAAUGAUUAAUCAAGGAACAGUUAACAAGUAACUGUUAAAAGACAAUGGUCCUGCCUGAUGCCACAUUAUACUGCUGUGUACUGGUGAUGGUCAAUUCAGCAGAAGAUAUGGAUUUCAAAGUGAUUAUUCUUUGUGUUACAUUUGGUUUUGCAUCUGGAGAUGGUGUGUUGCCUGACUCUGUGGAUGCAGCUGUGGGAGGCACAGUCACGUUCACCACUUCACUGGCUCCAACACAAACUCCAUUUAUAGCAAUAACAUGGUAUUUUGGCAGUACAAAUAUCAUCACUUCACACGCUGGUGGUAACUUUACUGCUCCAGAGUAUGAAGGCAGGAUCACUCCGUUCAUCUCUACUGGAUCUCUGCAGCUCAGGAACGUGACUUAUAAUGACACUGGAGAGUACAGCGUUACCCUGAUACCAGCAGGAAGUACGGUGCAAAGUGGGAUCUCUACAUUGAACGUUCAUGAGCCAGUGUCUAAUGUGAGAGUCACAGUGAGCAGCUCAGACUUAGUGGAGUUCAACAGUUCUGUGACUCUCUCCUGUUCUGCUGAUGGGAUCAACCUGACAACUUUCCUCUGGUUCAAUGGCACUUCUGAAGUUACACUCAGUGACAGAGUGCACCUCACUGAUGGAGGAGCAACUCUCACUAUAGCCACUGUGUGGCGCUAUGACCAGGGACCAUUCACAUGUAAAGUGUCUAAUCCUUUCAGUAGCAGCACCAGUGCCCCAGCAGAAGUCUCCAUCAGCUAUGGACCUGAUGAUGUCAUUUUGAGGAGCUCUCCUUUACUUGAUUAUUAUGAGGAAGGUUCAACCGUGUCUCUGUCCUGCUCAGCUGACUCCAGACCUGCAGCUCACUUUAAAUGGCUUUUCAAUGGAGAGCUGUUGUCUUUUACUGAAGCACAGAUACAAGUGAAGAACAUGCAGAUGAACCAGAGUGGAGACUACAGCUGUCAGGCUUUCAACACCAAAACUCUCAGAGAUGCAACGUCUCAGCCUGUGAGGAUCUCUGUGCUGAAGAGAAUCACAAAUACUUCUGUUCUGCCAUCCUCCAAAGAGCCGAUCGAGGGCUCCUCAGUGAACUUAACCUGUGAUGCCUCUGGUUCCAUCUUCACCAGAAACUGGUCGAUAAAUGGACAGGAGCUAAAUCCUUCUGAAAACAUUGUAUUUUAUGACCAAAAACGAGUCUUGUCCUUCAAAGUCUUGAACAGAAAAGACAGUGGAAAGUACCUCUGUGAAAUCAUCAACUCCAUCAGCUCUCAGACAGCUCUUUAUGUUCUGGAGGUUUUCUAUGGACCAGAAAAUGUUCAAAUCUCAGGUCCAAAAGAGAUUCAGGUGAAAAAAACACUCAAAUUAACCUGCUUCAGUAACUCUGUACCAGCUGCUAAGUACACCUGGAUAAAGGGUGGGACUGUUCUCACUCACUCAUCUGCUUUUACUAAACCCACGGCUGGAUCUUCAGAUGGUGGAAAGUACAUCUGUCGAGCUUCAAAUCAAAUCACAAAGAAAACAUCUGAGGCAUCACAUACAGUGAAUGUAAAGGGCCGGGGGUGUCCCUCAACUGGAGCCAUCGCUGGGAUAACUGUUGCUUUAUUAGUGGUCGUUGCUGGAGCUGCAGCCGGAGGCUUUUAGGUGUAUAAACGCCAAAAAGGCAGAAAGUUCAGGAAUAACAGUAAGUAUUAUUGUAGUUUAUCAAAUAUUCUCAAAAUAAAGUUGAAGUGAGAUGACACGUCCACAUCCUGGUCAGAAUGAGCGUCAUGUCUACGAGAAUACUUCAAAUACACACAACUCUAACAAUGAUGAAGAAACUGUGUAUGAGAAUGAUUUCAAUCCAUACAAUCAAAACUUGUAACUCUAAUCUCAUUUUUACUUCAAUUUCCUCAUCACAUAAAUGAUUGUUUCAGUGUUUUAGACGCUGUGUUUAACUCGAACAGUUCUGAAUGUAUGUAUUGUUCUGGAAAUCUUUACAUCAGUGAUCUUUUACUGGGUUUAGGCUGUUCAUAAAUGGUACAUCAGAUAUCUAUUGUUAAGCAAAGUUAUCCCAACCUCUUGAUUGUUUUAUCUUGUUUUUUGGAACUAGUUUGAUUGCUGGCUGUAAUCCUGUCAUCCUCUGUAGAACACUCUGGCCUUGUACCCACAUACAAGUCUAUUGUUUCUAUCAGUCCUAGUUUGUCAUUCUACUCAUAGUUGUGU